UCGUCUGAAUGCCGGAAGGCAGUCAUUGGUGAGUCAAACUGUCUGCAUUAACGUCAGGAGAUUAGCUCGCGGUUCGCAGCUGGAAUGCAAGGUUGAUUCACAAAGGAAAGUGAGGAGGCAAAGACACAGCUGCAGAUACGUAUCAGAAGGCUACAUCGCGCACAGCCAUGAAAGGAGAGCAUUUGUUCCCUAAGAUGAGAAACGGCACAUUUUACCAGCGCUUUUACCUGCUGGGGGGCGAGGAGCUGUUUGUUCUGCAGAACUCCGUGGGAGACCCCAUGCUGGGAGACAGCUUCCACCAGAUCACCGAUUUCAAUGACCUGCCCACCUCUCUCUUCGCCUGCAAUGUGGACCAGACGGUGUUCGAAGAGCAGGAAGGGAAGGAGAUGUUUGAGGCGCUUUUCCUGGCCUACGACGAGCAUGUGACGUUCCAGCUGUUUAAGAGCUUCCGGCGCGUCCGGAUCAACUUCAGUAACCCCAAGGCAGCCGCCAGCGCCAGGAUAGAGCUGCAUGAAACACCCUUCAGGGGGAAGAAGCUGAAACUCUACUUUGCCCAGGUCCAGAAUCCAGCUUCUGACGGAGACAACCUGCAUCUGGCGCCACCCCAGCCCUCCAAACAGUUCCUCAUCUCCCCUCCUGGCUCGCCCCCCGUGAGCUGGCAGCAGAUCGAUGAAGCCACACCCGUCAUCAACUACGACCUCCUCUAUGCAGUGGCCAAACUGGGACCAGGAGAGAAGUAUGAACUCCACGCAGGAACAGAGUCCACCCCCAGCGUGGUGGUCCAUGUCUGCGAUAGCGACAAUGAGGAGGAAGAAGAACCAAAGAAUUGCCCCAAGCCAAAAAUCAUCCAGACCCGGCGCCCUGACCUCCCCGUGUCCCACUGAACUGUUUCCAGUCACCACCGUCCUCUGGAGUGAGGGGUGGGGGGGGGGGGAGAACCUUGUCCCCAUCUCCUUUAACCCCCCUCCCCUCCAUGUUGAGAAAACCCCCCACUGUCCUGACAGUCCUGUCCCAAGGGCUAGAGGGGUUGGUCUGUGCUCCUUAUCCAACACACAGCCAUUAACGUGUGAUCACAACGUUUUUGUUUUGUUGGCAUUACUCCAUAUACAAUACUGUGUCCUUAACCCCCCCUCUUACUGUCCUGUUGUAAUAACACAUGGUUAACAGUGGGAGGCAGCAACAGUUCUAUUUUCUUCAAGCUCUGCCUGUGAUUGGCUGUGGGGCUACGACUCCAGUCAGUGUCUGAUGCCUGGCCUGUGGCUGCCUUGCUUUCACACCACUGUGUAUCACUGCACAUACCAACAUUGACAAUGAAUAGCGCAUUUUCAUAAGGGCAUGCAAGUCACCAAGGUGACUGAAUUCUAGCGCUGCAUGAAUUGACAUAACCUGGUAAAAAAAAAAAAAAAAAAAAUACAACUGAAUUUUGUCUUAUAUUCCCUAAGGCCGUCCUAAGGUUAAUACUCACAUAGCAGUGCUGUCAACAACAGGAAACUUGCCAAUGCAUGCACUGACCUGAUAUUGUUUGCGUAUUUACUUUAUUCUGUUUGCUGUGUAUAACUGUCCACUCAAAAAUGUUUCUGUGUUUCUGGCUUUCAGUGUUGCUCACAGAAAAAAAAUGCUUAAUCCAGUAACUUCGCUAAACAUUUUGGGCCAUGCACCUUCUAGUGAAUCAUUUGUAAGAUGAUAUUGCAAUUCUGUGAUUUUUCUCAAUGUGAAUCUUUGUCUCCCUGUCUUGUCCUUAAGGCUCUGUUAAAAAAAAGUACUGUAUGGCCUUCCUGGGCCCCCAUCCAUCUUUUCUUAUGAUGAAAUGCAAAGCCAAUCAGACAUCACUAGUUGAAGCCGGAGUCUGUAAAAUGCAUGGUUAUUUGUUUAUGGAGACACUUGUGUUAUCAAAAAAACAACCGUCCAUGGGUUUCCUUAGUUUGUGUGCCUCUGCAGAGUGCAAGAACGUGACAUUUUUAAAGUUCAUGUAGAAGAAAACAAAGUGCAUGAUUCUAGAGCGAAGAGUAAAUAUACACUGUAGUCAAGUAAGUUAUACAAAACUUCCAAGUGCUAUUACACAACGGAUGACAUGAAGGCCAAGAGAAUGACAAAAAAACAGCGCUUUCCCUUUUGUACUGUGUCCACCCCUUUGCUCGUUCGGCUUCAGUGUCUGUUUGAUGCGGUAUAAUCCAUGUAGGUAAUUCGAUAUGCUCCCUUGACACUGGAACAAUACACAUAUUGCAUCAGUUUAAAUGUUGACCCAAAAUUACAUUAUGUUAUUUGCUUAGGCUUACAUAGCUUACGUUUCCAUUUUAUACAGCUGGAUAUUUACUGACGCGGUUCUGAGCGAAGCACCUUGCUCCAAGGUGCAACAGCAGUGCCUCACCAGGGAAUCUGCUCCUUACUACUACGCCACACUGCUGCCAACUAUUGAUCACCACUUUUCUGUGGUCAGAGCAUAAGAACUGACUUCAUUUUCAGACAAUAAUACAUCAGCACUGUGACCUGCCGCUACUGUGACUCACUGACUUCACCUCAGAGUUUUAAAAAUACUUUCCCUCCCACAAAGCCAGAUUUUCUCUGUAUCUCAUUGCUUACACUUCAGUGUACAAGAAAAAGAGGAAGAACCUUAGUGUUCUAUAUAAAAGCCAAUCCAAUUAACAUGUUAAUUGUAUCAUUUAUUAUAUUUGCUGAACAGAUGUCCCUAUCACUCCACUUGUAUUUGUACAGUUCUUAUGAUUUUAUAAUCUUUAAUUUCCUCUAACCUGUUUUCUGUGGGUGAAUAUCACUGAUACAGUUUAUAUAAAAUACUUUGCUCAAGGGUGCAAUAGCACUGUCCCAUUUCCCCAAUAUUCAAAGUAGAAUUACUAGCUAUUCAUCCUAAUUAAAUCUUUUUUGGGUUAACCCAAUAGUAAAUAAGGAAGCAAUGUUCUUGGAAAAUCAGGUCAAAAUCAAGUCCAAAUUAAUAUGUUAUCAGAAGGUGUACAGUGGAAUUGGUGAGAGAGGGUUAAUAUUAAAAUGCUGGGGUGAAAGAGGCAUAUUUUCUUAUAAUCUGCUGGGUGUUAAAUGGCCAUUAUUAUUAUUAUCUUGGCCCUCCAUUCUUUGUAUUCCGUAUGCACAGCUUUCUGAAGGGGAGAGCUCUGAUCUUUUUUCCCUGUCUUUCGUCUGUCGUUAACGUGAUUUCGCAUAAAUGACAGCUUUCAUGAAGGCUAUGUGGCUUGCUCGCUUUAGAACGAGUCAUUUAGAGUUGAGUACAUUUUAAAAGGACAGGCUACUUGUGUGCUAUUUAGAAGAGGACUUUAAUCUGUGGUAUAUAAAAUAGGGCUGGCUGUCCUGGAAGUGCAGGUCGAAUGAGGAAAGCGACUUGAUUGGAUUUUGAAAACACUGGAUGAGUUAUUAAAUGCAUUUUGACAGCGUCUCAUCAAGCUAUGCUAAUCCAUGUUAGGAAAAUCUUUCCAGGAUGUUUCCAGGAUUGUGUUCAACCUGUCACCCUCCUCUGCACUCUAACAUUGUAAUGGACCUUCAACAGCACGUGACAGUCCUUUCAGCUGUUUUGAACAAAAAUGGCAGGUCGAGCUGCUCUUUUGCUGAUUAACAAUUAACAGGUGAAACAUUUAUUCAAGGCAUCAGUGAUGGACAUGAGGCAAAGGGUAGUUUACUGCUGUCUGGAAAAGCGGAUUAAUAUUCUCAGUUUCAUUGCAAGAAAACCAAUAAGUUGUUUGCUCGACUGUCCAGAAAAGCAUGCCUUACAAUGGUAUAUUUUACUGUGCAGGUGAUGGUGUGUUUUUAAGAUAGGUUGACAGGGAAACCCAUUGUGGCACACUGUCUGCCUUUUCCAAUUUGCAAAGAAGUCCUUCACAGACACAGACACAGAUGUUUUGAAACAGAAGGCCCUGAUCGCAGACAUAUACAUACAUUUAAUUAAUUGGACUAGAUUAGCGUUCUAUCCGAUGUGCAUUUCAGUACCUGUUCAGUUUAGUAUGCUAGUGGAUGCUCACAGUGGGAAUCAGAUUUCUAUAAUAACCUAUUAUAACUACAAAAGUCCAGUUCUGUGCAAUGUAUCUGUUUGGCUGAAAUAACUUUUACCUUAAAAUGGGCAUUUCCAAUCUACUAAUUCAAUAUCUAUAGCCUGCUAUAGACUGCUGUCAGACUUGUAGUUUGUUUUUUUUCCCCACUCCUAUGUAGGGUUCCUGCACUUUGUCAUUUAUGUAAUUGUAUAUCUUUUUUUAAACAUUUCCAAACAUGUAUUUUCUGAUUUUUUUUUUUUUUUUUUUU